CACCAUCCGUCCCGACGGGCGCAGCCGCGGGGGUUCUCCCCUAAAGCCCCGCUCCAGCAAGGGCAUCCCGGCUCCCUCUCCGGGGCAUGCUGGGUCGGGACACUUGGAGGCGGUCAGCCAGGUUUGCUUUCCCCAGGGCUGGCAGAGAGAGGGUUCUCUCUUUUCCUCCUCCUUUCCUUCCCUUCCCCCCCCCCCCCCACCUCCUCUCCGAGCCUGUCCUUGGUAACGUUGUUUGUUUUGGUCGGCGAGUGCCAAACUCCAGCCUCUGGUAACUGUUAAAAACAUGGAGCCGGGGGAGGAGACAGGCAGCUAAACAGAUGGAGGAAGAGGAGGAGCUGCCGGCUCUGCCGCUCCCCCCACGACCUGCUGAGGGGAGACGUCGAGGGGCUGGGGGGAGGUGGGUGGGGGACGGUGGCGAGAAAGACGUCCCCGUUCUCCCUUCGGGGGUUGUGUCCCCUGGCCACGGCCCGGGGGGUCGCGGUGCCUGAAUGUCGGAGUAGCACAUCUUGAAGUUUUCAUGCCAGACGAGUGAUUAACAAGACCUCUUGGGCCAGUACACUGCUAACAACGUUAACCAAAGCUUUUGAUGGACCACGUUCAACAUUAACCUUUUUGAGGUCUUGUUUACUGUAGCAGCUAAAGUGACUCAGAAUGCCUCUCAAUGAUGACCAGAGCAGUGAUUCAGAUUCUUCACGCCUCUCUGAAAGCACAGCUUCUUCCAGCGAUUCUGAGUAUUCAAGACAGAGCUUUAACAGUGACUCUUCAAGCAAACCCAGUUCCCCAGCGUCAGCAAGCCCUCCCAAGAUGAUUACAUUUGAUGAACUGAUGGCAGCUGCAAGAAACUUGUCAAACUUGACUCUAGUUCAUGAAAUCGCUGUAAAUGCAAAUUUUUGCAUAAAAAAUGAAGACUUCCCACAGAACAGCUUUGCAGGAACAGUGAAAGAAAUUGCACACAAGGCAUUCUGGGAUCUCUUGGAAUCAGAACUGAAUGAAGAUCCUCCAGAAUAUGAACAUGCUAUCAAGCUCUUUGAGGAAAUUAAGGAGAUUCUUCUUUCCUUCCUGACUCCUGGAGCAAACAGGAUUCAAAAUCAAAUCUGUGAAGUUCUAGAUGCAGAUCUUAUAAGACAGCAGGCAGAACAUAAUGCUGUUGAUAUUCAUGGGCUAGCUAACUAUAUCAUCAACACUAUGGGAAAGUUAUGUGCUCCAGUAAGAGACAACGAUAUAAAACAGUUAAAAGCAACUGACAAUGUAGUAGAAUUACUGAGGCAAAUAUUCCGUGUUUUGGACCUGAUGAAAAUGGAUAUGGCUAAUUACACAAUUCAAAGCCUUAGGCCAUACCUUCAGCAUAAUUUGGUGGACUAUGAAAGAGCAAAAUUCCAGGAAAUUCUUGAAGAAACACCAAGUGCCCUGGAUCUCACAACAGAAUGGAUAAAGGAAUCAAUAGAAGAUGAACUGUCAUCUGUUUCUGAUGAAUUGUCAUCAUCUCCUGGUGCUGAUAGUAGUUCUAAACCAAUUAUUAGUCCUACACUGGUGCUAAAUAAUGGCUAUUUGAAACUGUUACAAUGGGAUUAUCGCAAAACGUUUCCAGAGACUCUAAUAACAGAUGAAGUUCGUCUUCAAGAGUUGAGAGAGAAGCUCAAUCAAUUAAAAAUCAUAGCUUGUGUCUGUCUCAUAACAAACAAUAUGGUGGGUGCAGCGAUUGCAGAUGUGCCUGAUUUUGCUGACCAACUGAAAAGGAUCUCUCUUCCUCUUCUUGAAGGCAUGAACAAGAAAACUUUUGAUCUUAAGGAGGCUCUGAAUGCUAUUGGUGUCCAGAUUUGCAGCAAAGUGAACAGAUCUCUAACUGAACGAGGUCUUCCCACUCUUGAUGCGGAUAUGCAGAGUAAUUUAAUAGGUCAAAUAUCUCAUAUUGUUGAGGAGAAUAAUCCCAUCAGUUCCUUGAUUGACAAACGAAUCCAGUUCUUCAUGAGAAGCUUGCUUGCUCUUCCAAAUUUCCAGAAGUGUAUGCCUGCUAUGCCAGGAGGCCUUUCUGUCAUUCAGUCAGAGAUGGAAUUUGUUGGAUCUCAAUAUGCAAGCAUUGUAAACUUCAAUAAAAGAGUGUAUGGACCAUUCUAUGCAAACAUACUUAGAAAACUACUUUUUCCUGAGGCACCAGUGGGGAAAGCAGAAACAGAAACACCUACCAAUUAAAAAAAUGACCUAUUCCCAAGACAGCCAUCUGGCUCCCCAUUUAGAACAGCCCACUCCAGUGACUGUUAAUGAGCGAGAUCUUGUAAAUGUAUGCAGAUAGCUUCUGAAAUUCACUGGAAAUAAAUUAAUUUCAAGGCCAUAUGUAUGCUAAUAGACUAAAUUUGUUUAAUGGAUUGUGUCACUUGUAAUAUCCAGUGAAUUAUUAGUUUUCAAGGCAAAUGUUUAUGACUUAGAGUGGGUAAGAGCUGGCAAAGUACUUGAUACGAUUGAAAAAUUAUGUUUUAAGUUAAAUAUAUUUACAUAGAGCAAUACAAUUAUGAAAUAGCAAAACGAUUGUAGAUAAAAUGUAUUUUUUUAGAGCAACAUCUUAUAAAACAAUUGUUUCUCAAAAGACUUGGAAACAAAAAAAGACAGCAUAACUGCUUUUGUGACCAAAACCAGGUUCAUAAUAAGCCAAAUUCUGGUACUCCUGCAACUACUGGCCUUAGCCAAUAGCCAGAACGUAGCCUCUUACAUCAAGGAUUGCCAGUAUUAUAAACUGUUUGGAGUAAGCAGUUAUAGAAGCAGCAUUCAUCAUUUAAAGUAGGAAUUAUUCAGAACUUCUCAACUGUAACUGAGGAAUGAUAAACACCUAAAACAAUGAUUGUGGAAGGGUGGAGUAAGGUUCUGUAUAUAAUGUUUAUAAGCAUUUUGUUUAUUCAGUGGAGGUCACACAGAUCUUAAGUCUUUAAUAUGUGUAUGUAGUGAUCUUUGAUCUUAAUGGGUAUUGAGUACUUUAAAGUUAGGUCUUUCUGACCUUUAUUCCCAGACUUGAGGAUGACCUUAUCAAGUACCACAGAACAAUUUCCCCUUUUGUUGGAUGAGGCCAUAAGCUUUUUAAAACAUUCUUGGGUCUGAAAGCCAGAACCCAAAUGAUUAGUCACUCUUGAAAAUGUGGUUGGAUUCACUUUCACAGAGUCUGUGAGAAAUAAUGCAGUUUUUUUCAAAUCCUUCAGAAUAGAUUGUGAUACUUAGUUCCCAUUUAAGGCAACAGGAAUCUUGCAUACAAAAAAUACUUAGGCUUAAAAUUAAAUGUGGAAGUAGACUUCUGUAAGUUUACAUAGGCUUUAUUUUGCAUAAAACAGAUUACUGGGAGUAGAUACUGCUGGAAUAAAUGUUCAUGUCUAUGAAAUGGAAUUAUUUACUUGAAAAUGAUUUUUUUAAUAUAUUAACAUAUAGUGAUCCUUUUAAAAUGACAAAUAUAAAUUCCAUGUGGUACAAGUUAUAUAGCUUGGUUUUAAUAUUUUAUAUUACAAUCUAUUUUUUAUGAAGAGACAGAAAUUGCCCAUAAAAGCUUAGUGUCACAAAUUUAUGUACAAUACUAUGUCUGUCACAAAGGUCUGAACAACUGGGCAUUAUUAUCACUAUGGUUUUGUAGUCCAUUUUUACAGAACUGUGUACUCUAGUAAGGGAAAUUUAUUUCUAGCCAGUUGUUCCUUGGUGUUCAAGGACUUUGGCUGUGUGCACAUGAUAAGAAGAACUUUAUUCAAAAUGUCUUUUUAGAAAAUAAUUUCUCUAGUGCACUUCUCUAUCCCUUGUAAAAAAAAAAAAAAAAGCACAAAAUAAAGAUCAACAUGUAUUUUAAAGGGAACUGUCUCCUGAAACCUAAAAACCCUGAGGGAAAAGGAACUCUUAGAACACAGUAAUUGUGCCACUCAGUAAAAUGGGCUUGCUCAGAUGAAUAUGAAGUUUUGAUAUGCAACUCGAAAGUCAUCAAGAGAAGAAUGUGUUUCAAAAGUAAUUAUGUGAGUCAAGUCUUAGUCAUUUGCUGUGUCUUUAGAAAGAACCUGAACUAUUUUGAGCUGCAGCCAAAAGGGGUUUUUAUGAACAUUUGAAGAUGAUUUAUGACAUGAUUAUGAACUUUUUAUCAUAUAUAUGCAUUCUAUGGGAAAAAUAUAAAACUGUAGAUCUCUAAUGUACUGGGGAAACUGUCAUACUAGUUUUUACCAGUAAAUAAUCACAAAAAAUGAGAAUUCAUUGGGUUGGGGUUUUUUUUAUGAUUAAGGUGACUUGCAAAGGGCAUUUUAUAGCAUGGCCUAAUGUUUCAAUGUAUCUUACUUUUUAUUUAAUGUUUUAAACGUGGACACUGCAUCUGUUUAACGUUUUGCAUGCUGUCUACGCUACUGUGGCAGAAAUGCACUUGCCUCUACUCUGAACUUGUCCUUGUGAAACAAGAUACGAUUCUGUAGCAGCUUUCUUUGUUGAAAUACAAAGGUUUGUAUUUGAGGUUUUGUAUGCAUUAAACUUUGUUUGUGAUACCAUUGGCAGCGAAAAGUCAUUUAUGCUAAGUAUUUCUUAAAUGUAAUGGAUUGUUAAAUGCUGAAGAUAAAUGACUGCACUAAUAAAAUGUUGUGACUCUU